UAGUACUUCAAUUUGAUUUCUUAAAGCUCCGAAAAAAUAACCCCUACAAUUUGAAACGCGUUGGUCAGAGUUUGUUCAGCAACUGCUUUAACCCAUUAGAUUACUUUAUCCCACAAUUUCGUUUAACUUUAGUUAAACCGUUUCUUCCUAUUUACGGAGAGAGGAAAAAGGAUGUUGUUCUUCUUUAUAGUGUUUGUAUUGGGAGCUGUAACAGUACUUGUACUUGAAGCUGUUGGUGUGGUACUUUUGAUUCAAUGGUUGAAUCGUAGAGUUGCUCGUGAAGUGGAUAAAGCAAAACCUGAUGGGUCACUAUCAUCUACCAGGGAUUUUGAUUUUUCGUUGUACCAGAAACAGGGGAUAGUCUGGGUUCUAGAAUCUGAAAGAAUACCAAAGGCUCUUCCAGUGGACAAAGCCUUGACACAGCAAAAGGCCAAGAAAGAGAUCUUAGAGAUUACACCUACUCAGAAAUUUGCCCAAAUCAAGGAUCAUCAUCUUGUCCUAACGGAGUCAGAUGGUUCCCAUGUAGAAAUUCCACUGAAGGGUUGCACGAUAGCAGCUGUUUCGGCCUCAAGCUUGUCCUCUAGAAAAUGGGCGAAGAGAUAUCCUAUCAAAAUAGAGAGCAAAGCGUCGACUUUAUAUGGAGGAAGUAGAAUACUUUACAUUUAUCUUGACACAUGCUGGGAGAAAGAAGCAUGGUGCAAAUCCCUUCGUCUUGCUUCCUGCAAGGACAAAGAAAAACUGAAGUGGUUUGCCAAGUUGAACGUUGAGUUUCAAAAUUACCUGGUGUCAUUAAAUGCAGGUUAUCCUUCAUUUAUGAAACCAUAUUCAAGCGUUGGUGUUGAUUUAGGUGAUAAAUCAAUUAAGCUUGAUGGUUCCUCAAAAGUUCGGCAAUUUCUGAAAAAGCUUGCCAAGAAAGCUUCUAAGAGUGGUCCAGAAAAUAAGGGAAGCUCCAUUUCAACGUCAGAUCAUGACGAAAGGAAGAUAAGUGAGAGAGCUCAGUCCUUCCAAGACCUUGCUUUUGCUGGUGGUGGCGUCAAGUUGGCUCCAACGCGCAAGCCUCUUGAUUGUUCUACUAAGGAUGUUGUAGUGCCUUCAUCUACAUCUACAUCGACAUCUACUGCAUCAGGAAGCCGGAGUCAAAUGUCUGUUACUUCUGAUGCAGAUUCUGAUGACAGAAUUUUUGGUGAUGAGGGAACUCUUUGUUGGAAUUUGUUAAUAUCCCGUUUGUUUUUUGAUGCUAAAAGAAACGACCAGAUGAAAACCUCCUUGCAAGCCAGGAUUCAGAGAACGCUGUCAAAUAUACGAAUUCCCAGCUACAUAGGCGAAGUGACAUGUACUGGUGUUAAUAUUGGUAACCUUCCUCCCUAUAUACGUGCAAUGAGGGUUCUUCCCUCAGACAUGAAUGAGUAUUGGGCCUUCGAAAUUGAUCUUCAGUAUUCUGGUGGUGCAAUCUUGGAUGUCGAGACAAGGGUUGCAGUUCAGGACCUUGAUUUACCUGAAGGGGACGAACCAGAAAUAGAAUCAAGUGAUCAUGAUGUCAAAUAUGAUUUACUAGAAGGGGCUGAGCAGUUUGGAAAACAAAAGCAUUCUGAAGUGGAUGUUGAUAAGAUGGACCAAACCAAGGAAGAUGGGAUGAGAAGCUCCAAUAGCACGCCAAGUGUGUCGCCUCAAGUGUCUAAGUGGAAGUCUAUCUUUAAUUCUGUUGCCAAGCAGGUCUCACAGGUACCACUCUCGCUGGGGAUUAGGGUUGCAUCCAUUCAAGGAACUAUGAGGCUAUACAUAAAGCCGCCACCUUCAGAUCAAAUAUGGUUCGGAUUCACAUCGAUGCCCGAUAUAGAUUUCCACUUGGACUCUUCUGUUGGGGAGCAUAAGAUCUCAAGCGGGCAUCUGUCUUUGUUCCUAAUCAAUCGGUUUAAGAGUGCUAUUCGCGAAGUACUGGUACUUCCAAACUGUGAAAGUGUAUGCAUCCCAUGCAUGUUAGCGGAAAAGGAUGACUGGGUCCCUCGACAAGUUGCUCCAUUUAUAUGGCUUAAUCGAGAAGCUGCAGGUAAUAAUGCCAACAAACAAGAAGCACCCGGCUCCCAACCUGCGGAUGCAACACGGGUGACUGCAGUUGAUAGGGGAGGGACCAAUGCUGAAAGCAAAACUGAAAAUCCAGGAAAAACAGGAUGGACUACACAACAAAGCAAGUCAUUGGAUCCACAUGCACUAUUAUCAGUUCCUAUGCAUAGUCCAGACACAGGAAGCACCACCGGUAAUGCCGAAAGCAAACAAGAAAAGACAAGAAAAGUUGGAGGGGCUGCACUGCAAAGUAGCAAGUCAUUGGAUCCACAUGCGUCCUUUUCAGUUCCUACAGCGCAGCCUAGCGGAAAUAACCAGCCUUUGGAAGAACUGAAGGAACCGUUGUUGAAGCAUGAGGAACAGCAAGACGGUCACCUCAGGAGUAUAGAGGAGAACAUAGAAUGCCAGUCAUCUUCUCGACAACUGGUAUUGCAUGAGGAAAAAAGUCAAAUUAAUGGAGAAGAUGAUACAAAGUCUACAAGAAUGGGGAGAAGGGCUAGGAUGUUUGGUUUGGGGAAAAAAAUGGGGGAGAAACUGGAAGAGAGGGCACGUCAUAUAGAAGAGAAGGGGAGAAAUUUAGUUGAGAGAAUGAGGGUCAACAAUGAAAAAAAAGGAACAUUGUAACCAAUUCAUUUCUUUGCACUAGGCCAGUCCCCGGUGUAUUUGUUAUUGGUUAUUUGAUGUUUCAUUUGUGCUUUGAUGUUCAUGAACGAAAUCCUCCAUUGCUAUGCAUGUUUCAGUCGCAUAGGUGCAGUACAACUGACAACCCUCUGAAGGAAUAAAAUCAAAUUGAAAGCUC